GCCCGCAUCUCAUUCCCGUCCCGGUCCAUCGGCCGGUUCCGCGGUGCGGGGCGGCCCGUCACCUGAGCUGCGGGGCCACCAGCACGAGGCGGCACCGCCCGCAGCGCAGCCGCCCCCGGAGGAGCGGGUUGGGCUGGGCACGGCAACCAGGAGCCGCCCAGGAGGCGGUGGGCAGGGGACGGCACCGAGCGGCUCCGUGAGCAUCGCGUGGGGCGGCGGGGGCUGCCGGCUCCGGGCGCUGCGGCCUGAUGGAGGCGGCUAUUGCUGCCCGUGCCUCUGGGGCUCGGUGAGCCGCUGUGCCUGACCGCCGUACCUGCCAUCGCGGGGGAGUCUGUGUGGUUCUGUAUCUCUGUUAUCCGUCUAUUGCGUCAAAAGCCAUUUUUGGGAGCUUCAGCCGACGUCAGAACUCCGGCAAGCGCCCUCACCAUGUGGACUUUCCUGGGCAUCGCCUCGUUCAUCUACGUGUACAAGAAGUGCGGGGACCUGAUGAGCUACGCCAACAAGGAGGUGCUGCUCUCCGCCGUGCUCUUCUUCUCUCUGGGCCUGCUGCUCUCCUAUCGCUAUCACUUCCGUGCUCCCCGGCAGCAGCAGCAGCAGCAGAAGCCCCACCUGGGGAUGCUGUCCCACGCCCUCUCGGCUCUGCCCCUGGUGGGUUUCUUCUGGGCCAAACCUGCUGCGGGGUCGCAGCGAGUCGAGCAACCCAAAUCCAGAAAGGGUAAAAGAGAAGCAAACGUCUCAGAAAUGCAUCAGACGGAGGCAGCUUCAGUUACAACAUUAUCACCCCAGUAUGAUCCAGAAGUCAUCAUUGUGGGUUCAGGUGUCCUUGGGUCUUCCUUGGCCACGGUGCUCGCCAGAGAUGGAAGAAAAGUGACUGUAAUAGAGAGGGAUCUGAAGGAGCCUGACAGGAUAGUUGGAGAAUUGUUGCAGCCUGGUGGUUUUAAUGCACUUAAAGACUUGGGUCUUGAAGGUACAGUAGAAGGUAUUGACGCACAAACAGUACAUGGUUACAUCAUUCAUGACCUAGAGAGCAAGUCGGAGGUAGAAAUUCCUUUUCCAACAUCUGAAGAUGGCCGCGUGGUGAGCGGAAGGUCCUUCCAUCAUGGCAAGUUCAUCAUGGGACUCCGAAGGGCAGCCAUGGCAGAGCCCAAUGCAAAAUUCAUUGAAGGAACUGUGACACAACUGCUUGAAGAAGAUGAUUGCGUAGUGGGUGUUCAGUACAAGGACAAAGAAACCGGGGAUACUAAGGAACUUCAUGCACCACUGACGGUUGUAGCUGAUGGACUUUUCUCCAAAUUUAGGAAGAACCUGGUCUCCCAAAAAGUCACUGUUUCAUCCCAUUUUGUUGGUUGCAUUUUGAAGGAUGCACCACAGUUUAAAACUAAUUAUGCCGAACUUGUUCUGGCUAAAACUAGUCCAGUGUUAAUCUAUCAGAUUUCUUCAACCGAGACUCGGGUCCUUGUUGAUAUUCGAGGAGAAAUGCCAAAAAACCUGAAAGAAUACAUGCUUGAGAGCAUUCAUCCCCAGCUGCCUGAUCACCUUAAGGAACCAUUCCUAAUAGCAGUUCAGAACGAUCGCUUAAGGACUAUGCCAGCAAGCUUCUUACCUCCUUCAGCUGUUAACAAGAAAGGAGUUCUUCUUUUAGGAGAUGCAUAUAAUAUAAGACACCCUCUUACUGGUGGAGGAAUGAGUGUCGUUUUAAACGAUGUCAAAAUAUGGAGAAGUUUGCUCCAGGAUAUUCCAGAUCUUUAUGAAGAUUCUGAUGUUCUUAAGGCCAAAAAAACAUUUUACUGGUCCAGAAAAAAGUCUCAUUCUUUCGUAGUGAAUAUUCUUGCCCAGGCACUGUAUGAACUUUUUGCUGCUACAGAUGAUUCCAUGCACCAGCUAAAGAGAGCCUGUUUCCACUACUUCAGACUUGGUGGAGAGUGUGUCUCAGGUCCUGUCGGAUUGCUGUCUGUGUUAUCUCCUAAACCAAUGGUGCUGAUUGGCCAUUUCUUUGCCGUGGCGUUGUACGCCGUUUACUUCUGCUUUAAGUCUGAGCCAUGGAUCACCAUGCCUCGAGCCUUUUUCAGCAGUGGAGCUGUACUUUACAGGAGCUGCUCUAUAAUAUUUCCACUUAUCUACUCUGAAAUGAAGUCCCUCAUCUAUUAAAGUCCAAGGGGAUAUGACUGGACAAAGAAAACAUGAAGAUCACGAUGCCUUUAAUAUCUUUGGACAUGUACUGUUUAAUACUGUAUCAUGUUUUCUUCUCUUCAAAAUGCGAUUUCCUUGAUUGGGAUUUGACUUAGUUUUGGUUUUGUGGUUAUAUACAUAUAUAUUAUAUGUAAAUAUUCUUUUCUUUGCAAAUAAAUUCAAAGAGGAGUUAGCUGUUUACAAGGACUGUAAGGACGUGUUGACAUAUUGCCAGGUCUGUCAGAAUUUCAUUCCUCGCUUUAUCCAUUGCAGAGUGCACCACUAAUAUUAAUAAACUGAAGAGUGAAAACUGUAAAGCACACGCUGCUAUUAUCCUUCAUGCUUCUUUCUGCUCAGUAGCUCCAUAGGCUGCCUUCGUUUCUGUGAAAUACUAUAAGAAAGUCCCUGAUUUGGGCCUUUUCAUGAGGAUUUGCUUCUGUUCUCUUUCAGUUGCAGCUGAGGUUCUGUUAUACCACCGCUUUAAAGGACGCUGCAAAGGAUUGCAGGUGUUGCAGUGUCGCCAUGUCUGCAGUGUCACUCGCUUUUGCAAAUGCCACAAUGGUCUUCUGAAAUUGUUCUUUACAGCAGAAUCAUUUGAAACAAGUCAUAACCAAAGCGCACUCAUGGCGGCUGCUGAGCCCAGGUACCGAAAGCACAGUUGUGUUCAAAUUUUUUCUUCCCAUCUUACUUUGUUCUAAAAACUGAGUUUUGUUUUGCUUAGUUUGUGACUAAGUGAAGGUUAAUCCCACCAUUGACAUAAGCACAGCAGCCAAUUAUCUACUGAAACAACUGGAGCGCGGGCUGUUUCCAGUAGACACUCUUCAAUAUUACUUCAGAAGAUCUGUGAGAAGAGAUUCAGGUGUCCUUGUAAUACCUGAAAGAUAUCUUUCCUUGUAGAUCUUGCAGCACACUACUUGAGAGUUGGUGUGUUGUACUGCUGGGCACUAUUCCUCUCUGCAUUACCUUCACCACUUGACUUUCCUUUGUUCUCACGUCCUUCCAUUUUCCCUUGCCUUCCAUGCAGUUGCUUUGUGUAUCACCACAUGGCUCUCAUAUUCUGGCUUGCCAAACCAAUGGUGUGUCGGUAUGGCCCAGAGCUCGGAGAGCAGCAGCACGUCGUGUUCUUCUGUACUGAAAAACUUGGACUAUAUGUUUUGGAAAUGGCAGAUUGCAUAAGCUGUAUAUAAAUAUACAUAAUGUGUUGGAAUGGGGAAGGGGGGGCGGGGGGGAAAGAAAUCGAUGGAGAAGAUUUUUUAGUGUUUUAUUUGAUGGAUAUUUCAAAUGACCGAGACUUUUCCAGAUGAGACAAAAAAUGUAUAUUUUUCUAACCACGAUCACUUUUGAUAUCUGUAUCACUUUGAUAGCUAUAAACAUGCUCACGGAGCAUGCAGCCUUCUGAGCUGAGCGCUGAGCAUUUCAGCUGCCGUUAUUAGCGGUAACGAAAUGAUGCCCCUGUUGAGGGGAAGCAACAAUUUCAGCACUUGGGACAGCUCUGGGAAGAUGGGCUGCUCUUGCAGUUCCCAUCUGUAAUAUUAUUUACUGUCAGUCUCUUUCAGUUCAAGGAUAAACAAUCUUGAGCCAAAUACACACCCUCAGCGAACUGAAAUAAAAGGUUAUACCUGUA